AUGGAAGCUACAAAUUCUGUUGCGAUUGAAAGUGAGUCGACUAUGGAUGAUUCUCCUCAACCUAGUUAUAGCCUAGAUAAUACUCAACCGACUCAAGAUGGUACUCAGCAAGAAGUGACAGGCGCAUUUUAUUUCGUUUGUGGUAUAUGUAGAAAUUGGUAUGCGUCUACAGCUUCGUUAAUUAUUCAUUUUGCUGGUCAUUUUCAUGAAUGUCCUGCUUGUGAAAUUUGUGGUGAGACAUUCACUGGAGCUCAAGAUUAUGCUGAUCAUUGUGCCCAGCAUGUUGGCUGCACUUGCCUUGUUUGUGAUGAGACCUUUUUUGAAAGUUCCGAUUUCGAUGCUCAUCUUCUAGAUCAUAAACUAAAUUGCUUCAAAUGCAAGCGUAAGUUUUCCACAGAAGAAGGGCUCAAACAGCAUUAUUCUGACCAUUCUGAUAUAAUGAAUCUUCAGUGUGACAUGUGUCGAAAUUACUUCAGUUCAAAGAGAAGUUUAAGUUUUCACAAAGCUACACAACAUGCAAAAGCUAAACAAUACAAAUGCCCUAUGUGUGAUGAGAAGUUUACUCAGGUGGGUAGUCGAAAAAGACAUCUUGAAGUUGUUCAUAAUAAUGUAAAGCCAUAUGUAUGUCACUUGUGUGGAAGAGAAUAUACGAUCAGAGGUAGUCUUGAAACUCAUUUAUUGAAUCAUACUGGUGAAAAACCAUAUGUAUGUCUUAUCUGUGGCCGUCGUUUUGCAGAUAAGCGUAAUUUUAAACGUCAUGGGCAGCAGCAUGUUGCUAUACAAAGUGAUCCUUGUAAAAUAUGUGGCAAGACAUUUCCAAACGAUAAAAAACUUCGAUCUCAUUUGUGGCUUCAUACAAAUGAGGGAAUUUACAAGUGUGAUAUUUGUACUCGAGCUUUUAGCUAUAGUAGUCAUUUAAAACGUCACCUAAUGCAGCAUAGUGGAGAGCGCCCACAUGUUUGCGAUUGGUGUGGACGAGACUUCAUUGAAAGAUACGAACUUGCUCGCCAUCUUAGGAAGAAACAUAAGUUUGAACAGGAAAAGGUUGAUAAAGUUAUAGCAGAAUUGAAAUUUGGCAGAAAUAGAGUAAAUAAUGAAACAUCAUAA